CUGACCCAGCUUAGUCCAUCUGAGCUGGAGCAAGCCCUGGGUCUAUGGAAGAAGGGGAGUCAUAGAAGAAGGGGACUCCAGAAUCCAGAAUGACAGUGUAGGAAAAGACCUAAGAAAAUUCAGAGAUUAGAGUAUCUGGCCUGAGAGGUCCCUUGAGUCUGAAUUUAUGAUUCUGUGAAUAGAGAACAUCAGAUGUCGAAGGUAGGAGGAACCUUAGCACACUGAGCAUGGAAUGUCAGUACCGUCCAAAGUCUGAAGGGAUUCAGAGGAUGGAGAGAUCACUUCUGGCUGGAGUUCAGGUAGAAUCAAAAAAGGCUUCUUUGAGAAGCAUCUACCAUGUCAUUUUGGACCCAGCUGAUGUUGCUGCUAUGGAAGAAUUACACCUACCGCAAGAGACACCGGAUUCAACUGUUCAUCGAGAUAUUGUGGCCCCUUUUCCUUUUUCUAAUUCUUAUCACUGUCCGUCAGUUCCACCUACCCUCCCCGCACCACGAAUGUCACUUCCCCAAUAAGCCAAUGCCUUCAGCGGGUAUGCUUCCCUGGCUCCAAGGCAUCGUUUGCAAUAUGGGGAACCCCUGCCACCGCUAUGCCACACCUGGGGAGUCCCCUAAUGUCCUGAGCAACUUCAACGAAUCCUUGAUCUCCAGGUUCCUGGCUGAUACCUGGAAGAUACUGCUUAGCCCCAAAACAAGUAGAACUCUUAGAAGCUUCCAAAAACUGAUGCCUGACCUGGAAACGAACCAGCGAUCUGCCUUGCCACUCCGAAGCUACCUGGUCUCAGAAGAGACCUUCUUAAAGUUCUUGCAAAACAAAACAUCUCUGACUCCAUCUCUGGCUGAGGAACUGUUGAAGACCCCACUCAGUUUGCGAGGGAUGCCCCCAAACUUGCUUUUGACAAACCUGUGCAAUUCCUCCAUGCCGAACAUCUGGUUCCAUGCCUCUGAAUCCCUGAAGAAAGGCCUGUGUGCUCUCUCCCCAAGUGAGUUCCAAGCCAUCAGGGCCACCUUCCUGACCGAGGCAGACCCAGCUCUGUUGAAUGCGUCCAGUCGAGCACGGCCAAAUGUCAAGGCUGUGAGUGAAUUCUUGGAGGCCUGGAAUGCCACAAUCCAGGAGAUCUCUUCCCUGACUAGCGGAGCAGAGCUUUUGGAAGAGCUGCAAAGGCCCCCAGGAGCAAAUGGCCCCCUGGAAGGAAUGUCUCGAAUCCUAUGUGGGAAGUCCGAGGAGAAAAGACUUGGCAUCCCCUCCCUCAGCUGGCUCGAAAAUGAAAACCUAAAAGCAGCGUGGGAUCAGAACCAAGAAAGACAACUGCUUUCAACGGAUACUGACUUCACUCCCUUCUGCCGGAAGCUGAUUACAUCCCUGGAGGAACAUUAUGUAUCUCGGAUGAUUUGGUGGAGGCUCAAACCCCUGGUCCGUGGCAAGAUCCUGUAUACGCCUGACACACUGCUCACCCACAGAAUCAUGAAGGAGGUGAACCAGACAUUCCAUAGUCUGACCUUGCUGAAGGACCUUUUUGACCUUUGGGAGGCAUUCAGCCCACAAAUCUCCCAAUUUUUGAGUAACAGCACCAACAUAUCACUUCUGGAGUUCAUCCAAAAGAUGUUCCACAUCUCCUCCUGGGAAGAGAGGCAGAAUAAUUCCAGGCCAUGGCCCAUCCACACCUUCUGGAAGUCAGAUGGAAAUACUUCCAAUUGGAAUAACACCCAGAAAGACUUGACCUAUAUAGUGAACAAAAUGGGAAAAAUCCUGCAGUGUAUUUCUCUGGACAAAAUAGAGGCAUUUUCAACAGAGGAUGACCUGUCAACACGGGCCUUGGAUCUGGUGGACAAGCGACGUUUCUGGGCGGCCAUUGUCUUCCUGGGACUCGAGGAAGGGAGGACUCCUAGCCAGAUCCGCUUCAAGAUCCGAAUGGAUAUUGAUGAUGUCACCAAGACUAAUAGAAUCAGCAGCAGAAUCUGGGACCCAGGCCCGGCAGCUGAUCCCUUCAUGGACCUGCGCUAUGUGUGGGGUGGCUUCGUCUACCUUCAGGACAUCGUGGAGGGGGCAGUCAUUCGGGUGCUGAGUGGCACUACUCGCCCUCUCAGCAUCUAUGUCCAGCAGAUGCCCUACCCCUGCUUUGUAGAUGAUGUAUUCCUGCGAAUGCUGAAUCGAUUGAUGCCACUUUUCCUGACUCUCUCUUGGAUCUACUCUGUGGCACUGAUAGUGAAGGGGGUUGUCCAAGAGAAGGAGGAUCGACUCCGGGACACUAUGCUGACCAUGGGCCUGAGCCGGGGUGUCCUCUGGAGCAGCUGGUUUAUCAGCAGCCUCUGCCCAUUCUUGGUCAGCAUCAGCUUUCUCGUUCUGAUCCUCCGGCAGGGGAACAUUAUCUUCUACAGCAACCCCCUACUCAUCUUCCUCUUCCUCACCGCCUUUGCCAUAGCCACCAUCUGCCAGAGUUUCCUGUUCAGCACUUUCUUCUCCCAUGCCAAUGUGGCCGCUGCCUGUGGAGGCCUCCUUUACUUCUCCCUCUAUCUCCCCUAUGUGCUCUGCGUGGCCUGGAGGGAUAAAAUGCACCCAGCAGUGCUCCUGGCCAUGGGUCUGCUAUCUCCAGUGACCUUUGGCUUUGGCUGCGAGUACUUAUCCCUCUACGAGGUGCAGGGUGUGGGCAUUCAGUGGCACAACUUGGGCCAGAGCCCUCUGGCUGGCGAUACUUACAACCUGGCACUGUCUCAGGCUCUGCUGAUCAUUGACGCUGGCUUGUACUCUUUGGCCACCUGGUAUAUCGAGACCGUCUUCCCUGGUCAGUACGGAGUCCCUCAGCCCUGGAAUUUCCCCUUCCGGAAGAGCUACUGGUAUGGAGAGCAGACAUCAGCCAGCCAGUACCAAGCAGCCUCCAGUGAUGUCCCACCCCAAGUGUUGGUGGAAGAAACAUCGCCUGAGCUGCAGGUGGGUGUGUCACUGCGGAACCUGGUGAAGUACUACCCUGGCUGCAGCCGCCCGGCCCUUCGAGGGCUCAGCCUGGACUUCUAUGAAGGCCACAUCACUGCCUUCUUGGGCCACAACGGGGCUGGCAAGACCACAACCCUCUCUAUCCUCAGUGGCCUCUUUCCCCCGACCCAAGGAUCAGUCUUCAUCCUCGGCCAAGAUGUCAGCUCCAACAGGACAUUUGCAUACCAAAACAUGGGCAUCUGUCCCCAGCAUAAUGUGCUCUUUGAUACACUGACUGUAGAAGAGCAUAUCUGGUUCUAUGGGUGUCUAAAGGGGCUAAGCAAGGAAGCAGUGGCCCAGGAGCUACCCAGCCUCCUCAAGGACGUGGGGCUCUCACAUAAACGGGAGGAGCAGACUUGUCAUCUCUCUGGUGGGAUGCAGAGGAAGCUAUCCAUAGCCAUUGCCUUCGUGGGUAACUCCCGAGUCGUCAUCCUGGAUGAACCUACAGCUGGUGUGGAUCCAUUCUCCCGCCGAGACAUCUGGGAACUGCUUCUCAAAUAUCGGCAUGGUCGCACAGUGAUCCUGUCCACACAUUAUAUGGAUGAGGCAGAGCUCAUGGGAGACCGUGUGGCAGUGAUUGCGAGGGGUCAGCUGCGCUGCUGUGGGUCCCCCCUCUUCCUCAAGAGUCGUCUGGGCACAGGCUACUAUCUGACGAUGGUGAAACGCCAACCAACUGAACCCCCCAAGGCUGGGACAGACCAUGGCACACUAGAAGAAACCCGGAGCAAAGACCUGAAAAUCAAUAAAAGAACGAAAACUAAUGCCAUUGAUGUGGUCCAACUGCUGGCCUUUGUGCAGAAGCUUGUCCCUAGAGCACAGCUGACAGAAGAUCUGGGCCAUGAGGUGGUGCUGACCCUGCCGGGUGCUGGCGCCCAUAAUGGGACCUUCGGGAAGCUAUUUCAGGAGCUGGACAGUCACCGGGAGGAGCUUGGCAUCUCAGACUAUGGGAUCUCAGAUACCACCUUGGAGGAGAUCUUCAUGAAGAUGGCCACGGACAAUGGAGCCGAUACAGACCCAGGAGAUGGGAAGAGCCAGUCUCUCUGGCAGAUUAUAUCUUCCAUGGUCUUAAGAGAAUCACAGAAGAACGGUGAGGACGAGGCAAAGGAGAACCGAAGAGCGGGAGCAUCCAGUUCUGUAGAAUUGCAGGCUCUGAACAGAAUGCCGAGUACCUCUGAGAAACUGCAGGACUGGGCCCUCGUCUGGAGCCAGUUCUGUGCCCUGUUCAUCAAGAGGUUCCAUUGUGCCCGCCGCAGUCGCCGAGGUCUUUUUGCUCAGAUUGUGCUCCCUGCCUUCUUUGUGGGCCUGUCACUCUUCUUCAGCCUCUUUGUGCCCCCAUUUGACCAAUACCCACCCCAGGAAAUCAUGCCGAGCAUGUUUGGACCCCAGAUCUCUUUUUUCAGUGAGAAUGACCCUGGAAACCCUAUAUAUGCCAAGAUCUUGAAUGCCCUCCUGACAUCAUCCAGUUUCUGUGUGAAGAAUAGCUCAGACCCAAGGCAGAACUGUACUGAUCUUAGCAACCGGAGAUUCUGGACACCCCCAGUAUCUGAGGCUGUGGCUAAACUCUUUGCCACAGGCAACUGGACCAUGCAAAACCCAUCCCCUGAGUGCAAAUGCAGUAGCACCAAGGUCCUGAAGAUGCUCCCUAACUGCCCAGAAGCAGCAGGGGGCCUUCCACCUCCCCAGAUACUCAUGGGCCAAGGAAGCAUUAUGCAGAAUCUGACAGGAAGAAAUAUCUCAGACUAUUUGGUUAAAACCUAUACUCGGCUCAUCCAGCAGGGGCUAAAGUCCAAGAAGUACGUCAGUGAGAUCAGGUAUGGGGGCUUCUCUCUGGAGGGUAAACCCAACACAAACAUGAAAACAGAGAAACAAAAAGUCCUCAACACCAUCAAGGAGCUUCAAAGCAUAUUCUAUGGCUUUCAGAACAAGGUGGUGCAUCAACUGCUUCAGAAUCUCAGCACCAUGGUCGAAGAAAUAGACUCAUGUGAUAGUGUGAAGGUCUGGUUUAACAACAAGGGAUGGCAUUCCAUGGUGGCCUUUAUCAACUUGCUGAACAAUGGAUUCCUACAAGCUAACCUGCCCCCAGGAACUGACCCCGAGGCCUACAACCUCACCAUUAUUAACCACCCCCUCAGCCUCACCAAGGAACAACUCUCGGAGGCCACACUGAUGGCCUCUUCAGUGGAUGUACUGGUGUCCAUCUGCGUGCUCUUUGCCAUGUCCUUCAUCCCAGCCAGCUUUGUGCUCUUCCUCAUUGAGGACCGAGUCAGUCAAGCCAAGCACCUACAGUUCCUAGCAGGCCUGCCUCCAAAUCUCUACUGGCUGGGCAAUUUUGCCUGGGACAUGUGUAACUACCUGAUACCAACAAUACUAGUCGUGCUCAUCUUCCUGGGUUUCCAGCAGAAGGCGUAUGUGUCCCCACAGAAUCUGCCUGCCCUCCUCUUGCUACUGUUGCUGUAUGGCUGGUCCAUCACUCCGCUCAUGUACCCAGCCUCCUUCCUGUUCUCGGUACCCAGCACAGCCUAUGUGAUCCUGACCUGUCUCAAUCUCUUUAUUGGCAUCAAUGGCAGCAUGGCCACUUUUGUCCUGGAGCUCCUUUCCAAUGAGAAACUGCAAUAUGUGAACCGGGUCCUGAAGAAAAUUUUCCUCAUUUUCCCGCAUUUCUGCCUGGGCCGAGGGCUCAUUGACAUGGUUCGGAACCAAGCUAUGUCAGAUGCCUUCCUGUACCUGGGAGAUAAUGAAUUCGAGUCCCCACUGAAUUGGAACUUGGUUGGCAAGAACCUCUUUGCUAUGGGGCUGCAGGGGCCCAUCUUCCUUCUCAUAACUCUUCUCCUGCAGCACCGAGUCUGGAUUCUACCCAGGCCAAUUAGCCCUCAGUCCUCGUGGAAAAUGGAGGACCAAGAAGAAGAUGAGGAUGUGCAGAAAGAGCAGGAACGGGUUCAUCAGGGGGCCACCCAGAAAGAUGUUUUCGUGCUGAAGGACCUGACCAAGAUAUAUCCAGGCCAUAAGAAACCAGCUGUGGACCAUUUGUGCUUGGGAAUUCCCCCCGGAGAGUGUUUUGGGCUCCUGGGGGUAAAUGGGGCAGGGAAGACAACCGUGUUUCGCAUGGUGACUGGGGACAUCGAGAUAAGUGAAGGUGAUGCCAUCCUCAAGGGCUCCAGCAUCCUGACGGACCUGCAGACAGCCCAGAUCCACAUGGGCUAUUGCCCCCAGUUUGAUGCCACCACAGAAUUAUUGACUGGCCGAGAGCACCUGGAAUUUUUCUCUCGACUUCGGGGGAUACCUGAGAAAGAUAUUGCCCAGUCGGUAGAGUUGGGCCUGACCAAGAUGGGACUACUAAAUUAUGCAGACCAGAUCUCAGGGAGCUACAGCGGUGGGAACAAGAGAAAGCUGUCCACUGCCAUUGCCCUGGUGGGAGGACCAUCUAUCAUCUUCCUGGAUGAGCCCACCACAGGAAUGGACCCCCAGGCCCGUCACUUCCUCUGGAAUAGUGUCCUGAGAAUAGUCAAGGAGGGAUGCUCUGUAGUGCUCACCUCACACAGCAUGGAAGAGUGUGAGGCGCUCUGUACCCGCUUAGCCAUCAUGGUGAAUGGGCGUUUCCGGUGCUUGGGCAGUGUCCAGCAUCUUAAGAACAGGUUUGGAGAGGGCUACACAGUGUCUCUGCGAGUGCCCACCUCCAAUCCAGGGCCAGUCCAGGACUUCAUGAAGACCAUUUUCCCCAACGCCCUACUCAAGGAACAUCAUGGCUGCCUGAUCCGAUAUCAGCUGCCCAGUGGGCACUGCCCACUGGCCCGCAUCUUUGAUGAAUUAGCCGCUCACAGCCCCCGCCUGGGCAUUGAAGACUUCUCUGUGACCCAGACAACACUUGACCAGGUAUUUAUUUAUUUUGCAAAGGAUCAAGGUAAGGAAGCCAACUACUCCCAGCCCUGAGUCAAGUUCCCAGAGCCCCAACAUGGGCAGCUGCUUUCUGAAGGACACCAGUAUGACCGAAAGCUCAGUCUGACCCAACAGAUGAAUGGACAGACAGGUGGACUCUCCAGCCAGGAGCCUGUCUCCUGGGAUGGAAGGAGGGAACUUUGGGAUGUCCAUGCCCUGGGGCAGCUACCACCACCACCUGUCCCCUGUCUCUGCCUCUAGCCGCCCCCAUGGACUUACCCUCCCCCUUGUCCAACCUAGUAAGAGACUGGGCAACUAGCAAAAGAGUGGGAACCUAAGGACCUCCCCCCUAGAAGGGGGGCCCACUACUGCUUCUCCCCACUCUAAGAGCCCAGUACUCCUCUGCAUUCUCCUUUCCUCCAAAUAAAAUAAAGCUGAAAGAUACCUUGGAA